CAUCCACGUGGAUAUAUAAAUUCGCUGAGGCAUAUUCUUUCUCAGAUACACGAGCACUCUCGUUUAAUUAUCAUCUGUAACCCAUAAGUACGGAAAAUACCUCAUAAUAAUUAUGGCUGGUCUAACAAUUUUAUUAUUAAUUAGUAUCAUGUCAGUACUGACCGAAGCCAGUGUCCAAGCCUACGGUCUUCCAAAAAAAGUCAUCACAAGUAAUCGUGGGGGAAUAGAAAGAAUUCAUCUGGGCACAGUCUUAAAAGUGUCAGAUCUCAAUGACACACGUGAUUAUAUAUACGAUUCAGAAAGUGACAGUCCAUUGAUACGUCUCGCGAUUCGGCCUUCGAUGGCCAGAUCAAUAAAUCUCGAAGCUCAUCAUAAUGACGGAGAUGAAGAUUUAAUACAACCAGCAGAUUCUCCAGUUACUGUAAUAAGAAGACAGCGUUCUGUAGAUAAAUCAGAGUCAGAUGACUUAGAAACGGCAGAGUCUAUUGUAUUCCGGCCACUGUUUGUUUACAGACAACAAGUCGCUGAAAGAAAUCGUCCUUAUAAAAGUGAAAAUCCGAUUUAUGGUUCUUAUCAGUACGGUCCUGCUAAAUCUUAUGCUGAUAAUAAUUAUAAAAAAUCACAACGUACUUAUUACAAUAAUUACAAUUCAUUGAAUUAAUUAUUUACUUAAAUUAUUAUUAUUUUUUAAACUUGCCCGCGUUAUCAUUUUUAUCAUGAUUAUGAUCAUGAAUCAUGACAAUAUCAUGACAUCGGUAAUAACAAAAGACUAUCUAUCGUAAGUUUUAGUUUUGCUCUCUGUUUUUUUUUUUUUUUUUUUUUUUUUU